UUCAAUUACGAAUAAAGAUUAAUAUAUAAUUAAAUUCUCUUUUAUGAUAAAGAAUACAUUUAAUGGCAAUACAUUUAAUAAAUUACGGAUAAAACAACGAAAUUAGUAAUUACCACAAUUCAUGAACGAUAUAUUAAUUGGAUACAAAUAAUAAUAUGUUCUUUGUCAUUGAGAUAAAGUAUUUUUAACGAGUGUUUAAAAUAAAAUUAACAGUUUAUUUUGUUUUUUUCAGUUUCCGGCUUUCGUAGUACCUACAUCCAAAUGUUAACCUACGUAGACUUCCACUUAAUCUACACACUUCCAGUUAUCGGCUUAUUAUUAUUAAUCACCCGACCAUUCAUCAACCGCUCGGAAAUUUUUAAAAUUGCAUUUAUAUGUGUCAUAGCUUUUGUAUACACAACACCAUGGGACAACUAUGUCAUCUACAAAGGCGUAUGGACGUAUCCGCCAGAAAGAGUCUUGGCUGUUAUUGGAUUGGUACCUAUUGAAGAAUACAUGUUUUUUAUUAUACAAAGUGUUUUGACAUCCCUGUGGACUUUGCUCUGUGUCCGAUGGUCAACUCCUUGCUUAAAUUUCAACUAUGACAAACGCAGCUACCAAUUGAUUCGAUGGGUACCGAUCACGUUUUUGACCAUGGUUACGAUCGUAGGUUAUAAAAUAGCUAUUCCCGGACAAGCGACGUUUUACUUGGGAUGCAUACUGUGUUGGGUAUCUCCGGUGAUUAUAUUCCUGUGGUGUGGUGCUGGAAAUUUUUUUGUGAAAAAAAUAAUACCGUCAACUAUUGCGAUAGUGGUCCCUACGCUGUACUUGUGUUGGAUUGAUCAAGUGGCCCUCAAGGAAAACGUUUGGAUUAUUAACGAAAAUACUAGUUUAAAUAUAUUCGCUAUCGAAGACUUGGCAAUAGAAGAAGCAUUUUUUUUCUUCGUAAUAAACGUUAUCAUUGUCUUGGCUGGGACUUGCUUCGAUAAAGCUCACGGUGUAAUUGAAACUUAUUCGUUGGAGUACCCACAACGAUUCAGCAUGAGUUGGAAGUUUAUUUGUCAACUGUUUUGGGCAUUUGCUAAAUCAGAAUAUAAUAUGCCACAAAACAUCACGGUAGAUAUAAAAGGAAGUAUUGGAAUUCUUACAGUCGCUUCAAAAUCAUUCACCACUGCCAGUUUUCUUUUUCAAUCCGGGAUUCGAUUGGAUUUAAUAAUUUUAUACUCAUUCUGCCGUGUAACGGAUGACAUGAUUGAUGACGAGUUGGAUGUUGAAAAGAAAAAACGAAAAUUUGAGUUAACCGAACGAUUUAUCAACGAAUUAUUUCAUGAAAGAAAAUCAGAUUACGGUGUUCAAACAAAACCACAGGAAUUGAACAUUGAUUGGACAAAAUACGAAUCUGAAUUGACUGACGUGGAAAUGGCGUGUUUCCGUGGAUUAUCUAGAAUAGCAUUUUAUUUGCCUCGUAAGCCUUUCGAUGAGUUGCUCGAAGGUUACAAAUGGGAUAUUGAGGGCAGGUUAGUCAGAAAUGAAGACGAUUUGUUAUUAUAUUCCACCUAUGUAGCCGGAAGUGUCGGUGCAUUAUGUGUUUAUGUGAUGAUGUACAGGUGUGAUAACGGCAAGUAUGAUCUUGUCGAGAACUACAAUUAUGUCAUAGAAAAAGCAUAUCAAAUGGGACAAUCUUUACAAAUCGUGAACAUUGCCCGUGAUAUCGUCACCGACAGCGAAACAUUAGGUCGUUGCUAUAUACCCACCGAAUACAUGGACGACGAAGAGGAAGAAGUAAGGAUCUUGUGCCAUGAAAAGCAACCGAGGUCUUUAGGUGAUAAGAAGUUAAAAAAGUAUUCCACACGGUUGAUCCAUCUGGCCAACAAACAACAAUUAGAAUCGGUGGGCGCCAUCAGGUGUUUGCCGCACGUCACAAGAGGUUCGGUUCUAGCAACCACUGAUAUUUAUCGAGGGCUUGUUUCUGCUAUCCAGACAAGUCCGACUUAUCCGACUAGAGCUUCAUUGUCGAAAUGGAAUAAAAUUGCAAUAGGACUUUAUUCCUUAUAUAUUAAAAGUAUUCAAUACUUUGUAUAGUUUGAUUUAAAUCUAUA